AUGGUAAACUAUGGAAAUCAUAGUAGCGAGGUUUUGAAAGUUCUUAAGACGCCGAAAUUCGUACUGAGACAUGGAAAUGUAACUGGCAAACAACGCUUUGCCCUAAAGCGGAAGAUAAAUGACAAACUAUGUGAGGAUAAAUAUCAGGAAUACUUGAAUGAAUACAACACUUUCGUACUUUACGACUGGGAAAGCAGCGGGGCUGGUAGUCUUGUCGAUUCCUCUUACAAUCUGCCCUCAUUAUGGAAGGAGUUUAUAAGAGAGGGCGUCUCUAAAGGUGCAAUAAACGAUAAGCUCCCGACAGUCUUCAUGAAAAGAAAGUUGGCAAAUUCAGCCCUGGGCCGGUGUUUAGGACUUGAUUUCCUGACUGAUCCGAGCGAGUCAAGACAUGAGUAUAGGUGCAUGUUUCAAACCGUUCAGGACAUCCCAUCUCUUUCGCAAUUGAUCUUAUUCAACAGCAUGCCAAAUGUUCCCGUAAGAUUAAAAGUGCAUACCGUUGGUAUAAAUAUCAAUUCCGGCUCCAAACGUUCCGUGGUAAGCAAUGCAAGCGGUGGCGACACUGGCAUGAGCAAAGCAGUUACUUAUAUCCAACCGCUGUUGGAGGAGUCCUCGAGGAUGUACCGCAAUCUAAGCUACUGGAAGCUGCUAAAGAUAGCACGAAGUAACAAGGGGGAUGGACCUUUGGAUGAGAGCAUGCGUAUCAAGUCGCAAGUCAAGUUUUUAUUAACUCAAUUGGCAAUGAACCGAAUUACCUCGCCUUCCAUCACGGAUCAUGGGGGUCAAAACUGGCUCAUAUUCACCAGAAGACUGUCAUAA